AUGGAAAUCGAAAAAUCAAAAGAAAAGGAAUGUUUGGUUUGUCGAAAAACAUCGAAUGGAAUGCAUUUUGGAGCAAUUUCAUGUCGAGCGUGUGCUGCUUUUUUUCGGUGAGUUAUUUCUGAAAACAAUUUAGGCUAAGUCAUACUUUCAGAAGAGCUACAGUAUUGAACAUUCAAUAUGAAUGUAAAAAAGGAGAUAUGGAUUGUAAUAUUGAGGGAAGAGGAAGAUUUGUAUGUAGAUAUUGCCGAUUUUUGAAAUGUCAACAAAUUGGAAUGAAACCUGAUAGUUUGUGUAUAUCUUUCUUUCUGAAAUUAAAUUCAGUUUUGUUUCAGAAGUUCAAUUAGAUUAUGAUCCAACUUAUUCAAUAAAAGGGUUACUCAAUGAUGAUUCUGGGAGUGAAGGUUCAAGAACAAAUUCACCAAGUUGUUCAAAAUCUGAAGAAGAAAGUGAGGAUUCUGAAGAUCAAAAAUAUAAAACAAAGAUCAAUCCAGAUUUUUUGUUCAAUUUUUCACCAAAACCUUCAAAUAAGCCAAUGGCAAAAAUUGAUUUUUCGGAUUUAUCACAAAAAAUCGAAUAUUUAUUUGAUUGCAAAACAGAAGAAACUGAAAAAGAUGAUCUGGAAAUAUUAACAAAUUCAAUUUCGGAUAUUCCGAAAAAUCCACAAAUUCAAGAGAUUCAUCAAAUGGAAAUAUUUGAUAUAAUACAUUUAUUAAAAAAUGAAACAAUUUGGAAAUGGGCAAAAUGGAUGAAUUCAAGUCAAUUAUUGAAAACAAUUGAAAAACAACAAAAAAUGCAAUUAUUUCGAAAUUCUUGGAAUAUUCUACAUAUUUUCGAAAGAUUAUAUAUGACAUCAAAGAAUUCGAGUGAACUUUUAACUUCGAAUGGAAUUCUGAUUUCUGAUGAGUUGUUAUGGAUUUGUGGAAAAAGUUAUUAUAAUAUUUCAAGUAUUUCAGAAAUUACUAAUCAAUAUUUUUCCACGUGAGUUUUUUUUAAAUUUAUAAGUUAAUUAAUCAUAUUUUUUUAGAUUAUUUAAUCCAUAUCUGCAAAGAUUUAUUGAUCUAAUUGGUAAACAAUUAUAUAAAAUGCAAUUAACAAAUCAUGAAUUAACAUUUUGUUUAAUUCAAUUAUUAGGAUAUGAUACAACUGAUUUAACACAAAACACUAUUGAAAUAAUCGAAAAUUUGAAACAUCAAAUUGCUGAUCAAAUGCACAAUUAUUAUUCGAAUUAUUCAGAUUUGACUAAUUAUUCAUAUCGAUUAAUUAAAUUGAUAAACAUUGUUAAAAGUAUGAAGGUAAGUUAUAUUUUUCUCACAAAAUCAAAAAAUAAUCAAUGAAUUCCAGAAAAUUUCCAUCGAAAAGAACAAAGUCAAAGAAUUAUUCUACAUUUUCGACAUUUUUCAUGCCGAUAUUUCAGAUCCUUAUUUUUUCGAUAUUUUUUAA